CAAUCACUACAAUCACUCCAUCCCUCGCCUCACAAUCCAAAAGAUACGUACAGUCGUAUCUGUUGUGCGCCGGGAAUCACUUUUCUGCCAUGACGAGUACUUUGGAAGAACCCUCUUCAGAAUUGCCAACUGCGGAAGUUCCUCAGCGAAAGAAGCUUCAGUUGAAGCCACGUUCACGGGAACCUCGACAACGCCAGAAUUCGAGCACGUCGGGAUCGGGGAUCUUUGGAGCGGCGCGGCCACGGGAAGAAAUUUUGUCACAGCGCGGAGUCGACGUUGCCCUCAUGGACUCCCGGAUCGCUCGCAAGGCCCGUCCCACGCACUUUGCACCGGAACAAGAAGCACGGUUGGAAACGCUCCGCAAGGAUCUAGCCGCGGCGGAAGCUCGACUGCGGGAUGCGAACGAAAAGGAGCUCCCGGAAGAAGCCUUUCGGGUCGACGCGCAAGCCAAACGCGAAGAACUCAACAAGAUGAUGGAGGAGUUCGCCAAACUCAACGUCCAAGAGAGCGAAAGUGGUCCUUCGAAGGAGUCGGCGUACAUCAAACACGAACGUCGUCCGCGAUCAUCCCAGGCUAAUCGCCGCGAACACGACGACAAUCACGACUCGACCUUUGCCAAUUUUGGUUCGCGGCGCUCCCAGGCACAGAGGGCUCCCCACACAAUUACGGAAGGCCAGCCGACGGCCUGAGAGAUUCGAUCAAAAAGGUUUUGGUUUGAGGUGGCACCAAAUAUUCGAGCAACGGGCUGUUGCUUCUUUCAUCUGUUGCAUCGUGAUGAGCAUUCUUCUCAAUAGUACAUACGUAGAUUAUUGUCUCGUUAUCU